AUGAAGGGGGGGGGGGGGUGGUUGUGCUGUGGUGGUAACGAAGAUGUUGAGCCGCAGAAUGUCGGUGAAGGUGGAGUGGGACGUUGUGUCUCGGUGCUGGUCCUCUGGAGACUAAAAAGGGCACGGGAGUUCGAGAUUGGUGAGACGGAGUCGUUGCCGCAUCGAUCGUCGUUCCAUAGAAAAGUAAGUCGUUCGUUCGGUCGUGCAGCCCGGAGGCUCAGGACUAGGGAUUCGAGUCUGGUCGAGCUGGUCGAGAGCGGUACGUGUGUACACGACGGCAGUCGUUAUCAGAGAGCAUAG